GGCUGCUUAGACCAGAACAUGGUAUAUUAAUAGCGUAAAAAAAUAACAUGCAAGCCGCCGCCUCUGACCUCUUUAAGACCGUCGACGCGUUCCUCGCGCUGCUGCAGAACCCGGUCGUUGGCGAGCAAAUGACCGUAGAGAAUGCGACGCAAGCUUUCAACUGCGCUCGUGUCGUCGAGCUCGCCGUCGCCAAGGCGCUAGCCGAGGACAAAAAGUUGCUCUUCGAGAAAUGCCUGAGUUUGAAGCUAGAGCGAAAGUUACCUCCGCAGAAUCGGCCCGUCACGUGUGUCGAUCUGGAGAAGGCUUGUGACAGAUUGUUAGAAUAUUACUUGAAGGACAGUCGCAUUUCUACGGAGGUAGUGGACGAAUAUCUAAAGCUGUACGCCCAACAUUGCGGACAGGACAGAUUGACCGUCUUCCUGAGCGAGACGAUGAGCAGCUCCGUUGCUGUAAACACGGUUGUAGAAUCUUUAAUGGAGUUAGGAGUACCGUUGUCUUCUAUGGAAGACGAGGCGUUAAUCAUGUCGUGGCAAUUGGCGGUAGUUAAUGGCGAUCGGGAUGAAGUAGCGGAGUGCAUAGAUAAGAUGUUGAACGAGGGCCACAUUUCGAAACUGGUGCACCUGACGGUCGAGUCGCACGACGACACGAUCACGAGAUUAGCUGUACAAUCCUUCGCUCCGAAACUGACCGAUUAUGAUCCCGAAGUAUGCGUAGCUUUAGCGGACACUGAAAAGAAGUCGCUUUUGAGAUUACUUCAGGACAGCUCUCAGUUUUACGUAGAUUUCGUUGACGCGAUAUUCUACUUCGGCCGAAACAUGUAUCUUGUAGAUGGGAAGUGGUGCUCAAAUUUUAAAUUCGAGUACAAGCACCUCUGCCAGACGGUGAAAAUCUUGCUGAACGGUCCCUGCGCAAUUCGCGAGCGGGUGUACAAUAGAAUAUCGACUGUUAAGACUCAACCGGACAGCGAGAUAUGGAGUGAUGUUGAGGCUGAUAUCUUGAAUUGAUUUGCCAGAUUUCAUACGUUCUAUGAUAUAAACUAUACUUUGUAUCGCUCUAUACGAUGUAAUUUGUGUUCGAAAAAGAAUAAAAAAAUUUUUCACCGCA